AUGUCCAACUUCAUGCACAAAGUCAAAGACGCCAUGACCGAUCGUGACAGGGACACAGACCGCGGCUACAACGAGCCUGGUCAGGAUAACUACGGUACCGGCACUGACACCAAAGGCAGCACCAACCACCCCAGUAGGAGCUCGAACCCAUUUGGCUCUUCCCGCUCUGGCGAGGGGACUGGUCGUUCUGGCACCGACCCCUACGCUCAGACCAGAGCAGGUGGUGCAACCAAUGCUGGACCUCAUGAUUCAUCAAUGGGCAACAAGAUGGAUCCUCGAGUAGACAGUGACAUGGACAACCGCGCCAGCCAAGGCAGAACUGGCAAUCAAAACCUCGGUGGCAGUUCUGGCUCCGACCCCUACACUCAGAGCAGAACAGGUGGUGCAUCCAAUGCUGGACCUCAUGAUUCAUCAAUGGGCAACAAGAUGGAUCCUCGAGUGGACAGUGACAUGGGUAUGCUAAGCCAUAUUUCCACAAACAUUCCUAAUCUCGAAAUCAAAGCUAAUUCAAGCCCGUAUCAAGAUAACCGUGCAAGCCAAGGCAGAACGGAAGGCGAACGUCCAAAUGUUGCCCAUGCCCAAGGCUUCAAUCCUAGCAACACAUCUUACAAGCAGGGGCAGCAGCAGCAGCAACCUGGUAUGCAGCAACAGUCCGGUAUGCAACAACAGCAACCCGGCAUGCAGGCCUUCGACAACCACAAGAAGAGUGAGGAGAAUUACUCCAAGAACACACAGGAGCACAGUUCCCACUCCCAGCCUGGUGAAUUUGGUUCCGAUAUGAGCACCGAGGACGAUCAUAGCACCUCUAUGCAGGAGAACAAGUCCCACUCAACCACUAGCCAUGCUGCACCAUGCCAGACGAAUACAGGUGCCGAGUCAGGCGGUAUGGGUGGCACUGCUCAGCCGAGCUUCGGUGGUAAUGCCGCGGCCGGUGGUAGUAGUUACGGAGGUGCCGGUGCAGGAGGACAAUCUGGGGCUCAGGCUCAGAAUGUCGACCCUAUGAAUAAGCUUGAUCCUAGAACUACUCGUGCGGCUGAGCAGCAGAAUCUUGCUGGUAACCAGCGGGGCUACUAA